AUGACACAGGCAGAACUUGAACGAUGUGUUAUAGCUGCCGUCAAAUCGGCCCAGAGGAAGAAGUUGGAGUAUCCCCUCUACGGGCCGUGGAUGGAAGCGUUGGCACACGUUGUCGGAGGAGACGCCGUCAUACACCCACAAUACCCUUUGAUCCCCGCACGUCUUGCCCACAAAAGUCUUCCUCCUCCGGACAGCCGGGGCAAGCGCCCGAGAGACCAGCGCAAGCAACCUGACGGAGUUAUGCUGUCAUAUGAGAAAGCGAAAGUAAACGGGGUCCUGAAAUAUAUACCCCAUGUUCGCGGGCUUCUGGAGAUCAAGGCUGCCCAUGGCGCCGACGACAAAGAUUACGACAGACUGGCAGCGCUGGCUUUCCCAAUUAUAGAGAGCCUUCUCGCGGACCAGGUGAAAUACCAAGCUCGGUACGCGUUUGCCUUCGACCACGCCUUGCAAGUCUGUCCUGCGGUGGUCGCCAUCGGACAAUUCUGGCGUCUCUGUGGAUUCCGCUUGGAAAGUAUCAACAGGAAUGCUCUUUCCAUCUCCGAACAAAUUACGGACGAGCUGAUGAAUGAGUUCGUUGUCGUUACCCGCUUUGAUAUUGAUGGAAGCCAUCCGCCAGCAUUCCUGGUCAGAGAUGAGAAGUUCCUCAUCGAUCUUUUAUAUCAGGCUUGGGUGAUAAUGCGUCAGUCGACACUCUGGGCGCCACGGGUGACUAUGUAA